AUGCCCAUUCAGUGUAAUGAGGCGCUCAGCAAUAGUUGUCCUACUGGCUACACCUGCACCUUCAAUGCCCUAAUCAACGGCCAUGUGUGUUGUGGAGCUUCUGACUAUGGAGUGUGUCCUGAUGGUGAGAAGGCAUUCAUUAGUACAGCUGACAUGUCCCCCAGAGAAUGUGUGGUGAACGUAGAUGCAUCUUGCCCAGCAAAUUAUCUAUGCCGUUUCAAUAUGCAGAGGAAUAAGUAUUUUUGCUGCGCAAGCGUUUCUGGAAGGACCUGUCCGUUGGGGAAAUUUCUGCAUAGAGAUUCACAAUCGUCACUACCCACCCGCUGUACUAUGGGUAGAGCUGAGCAGUGUCCGGACGGCUAUUCUUGUCAGAGCUACCUUCCCAAUUCCGCACAGGGCUUUUGUUGUACAAAUAGUUCUGUUUGCCCGGAUGAUGCAGAGUUUGUAAUUGACGAGCAGUCUCAGCUUCCAAGAGCGUGUACAAUGGGAUCAUUCGUAGGUUGCCCUAACGGUUUUACAUGCAGGUUUGGUUGUCAUUGUCAUUAUUAUGAAUAGCG